AUGGAGUCCCCACAGACUACUCUUCCCACGGGUAAUCGACGAACAGAACCCAAUGCUGGCAAAUCCUCCUCCAACAUAAAUGAUGACGGAGCCACUACAAUGGAACAUAACCAGGCGUCCAGAAAAUUGCGGGAAACCUCCAAGAGACGCGCAGCCAGAUCCGUGAAGGCGGGCAAAUCUGCGAUAUCUUCCAAAACGCCUGCGUCUGGAAAGUCUAUACAGUCGGGGAAACAAGAGAAGUUUCGAAAACACCGGCGCAAAAACAGGCCGAAAGAGGUGUCGUCAGAGUCGGACGAUUAUUCCUCAAGUGAAAGUGAUGAUGACUAUUCUCUACAUUCGGACGAAUCCAUGAGUCUGUCAUCAUCGGAUGAAGAAUCUAGUCAUCGCCGGCACAAACAUCGACGAUCUCGGAAGUCGCGGUCUGUUUCUCGCCAUGCCUCUCACCGUUCUCGGACUGCCAGCAGAGGCGACAGGAUGAAGCCCUUGGGCGGCAAUACACUGCAGUUUGAAGCAGAAAAUGACAUGGUGUCGGCGAGAGAAGCUGAGUUCACAAGCUCCCAGAACUGGGUGAGCUGGAACGAUCCCAUCUCCCAGCGAGAAUUGGGAGAGGCCAUUGCCCAAUUAGAGUCUCGUUAUGCCCAACUCCAGUUUCAGGUAGAAAAGCUCGGCGGAAAUGCAGUUCAGAUGACAAGCAAGCCACUCGGAUCCCACCUCCCGUCGCAAUAUAUCUCACCAACACAACCCUUGGACAAUGCACAUACUCAUCACAAUGUAGUUGGUUUCAACACGUCCUGCAGUCAAAAACCUAAUAAUUUCUUAUCUCUCGCCGCUGCCCGAAGGGGUUUGCCCCAACGAGAUGCUCCUCACCGCGGCAAUCCAGGGACCCAUUCUCAAAUAGUCAUGCCAAACGACACGGCUCGCUCUAAAUCAAACUCCAGAAGGGAAAGGAAGGUCGACUAUAAACGGGUAGACUCGGUAUGGGACAGUACCUUGUAUACAUUUAAGCUGCAAGAUACAGCUGAAGUGGCCACGAACUCCAAGUAUGAUAAAUACAUAUUCCACGUCAGGAGGACAUUCGAUAGCGAAGGGAAGUAUCGAAACACGGUCGUUGAUAUCAAGAGCAAACUGCUUCGUGAAUGCUUGCAGGACGUCAUUGGCAACGUACGAGGUGUGAGCCUUGUUGAUGAAACGCCAAAACUGGACCCAAAUUUACUCUUCUUGUAUUUAGAAGAUUUUCGCUCUCACCGUAAGAAACUCAAACAGGUUGAGCCAGCGGGUCAAGGGGCGCGCGAACGAAAGAAGAACCAACAGCGAAUCGAUAAAAAGCGCAAGGAGCUUAAGGUGCUCGUUAAAUAUUUGGAUAAAGAUUACGCCAAAGUCAAGGAGAGUCUAUAUCCUAUGUUAGACAGUGGAAUAAUCACCUUCGAUUAUCUCUGGGCGUUGUGGAAACCAGGUACACUUAUAUACUCCUCAACCUACGGUUUCGCGGAAGACCCUAGAGUCUUUAAAGUCGACCUAGCCGUGCGGCACUCAUCCUUGCUGCGAGGCGAGUUCUACUUUGUUGACGGGAAAUAUCUCGAGUUCGACGGGAAAAGAUUUGGGCAUGGCACAUUGGCCGAGGAAAUCGCAGAAUUCCAGGGCACUCGCAAAAUAACAAGCCUCCCAUUCUAUCCGCUAUCUUAUCACAAGGAUGAGGAUGGGAUACGCCGAAUGCUGGUCGAGCGCGGCAAAAAGUUUGUGGCCCUUCAUGGGGCUCACUACAAGGCUUACUCUGGGAUUGCAUACAAUAAACGCAAAAAGGGUUCUGUCGUCAAAUUUCACAUUCAGCAAAGCCGAAUAAUGAUUGACCCUGCCAUAUUCCGGCGCAUCAACCCAAACUACUGCCUGUCGAAUGUGCGGCCAAGGGAUUUUGACGCUCUCUCCGAUUUGGGGUUAUCAGACGGCGAUGAUGAUCUUUAUGAAUGCUUCUCUUCUGACAACUUGCAAGGAGAUGACGAACCGAAGGUAGUUAGUAAGACGACAAAAGACUCGGACUGCAAUGUACCGGUGACGAAGGCUUUGCAGACGGAUUUGGAGGCAAGGUCUAAGGCACCUCAGCCGCAAUUGUCGGCAACGACUAGCGGCAAAAUGGUUGAACGAACAUCAAGCACUGAUACGUCUGGGGAAGAAAGGACCGUGGACACACCAGAGGAGGAUGAUCCCGAUGUAUGCUUGGAAUUUACUGAUGAAGACUAUCUCCUCGCUUCCCCGGUAGUUCUAGGUUUCGCUUUCUCAGAGAAGCAAUGGUUGGAGUUAGCCGUCUCAAGAGUGCACGACAUUAAGUGGAACGAAGAUGCUUGGGACUCACUGGUACUGCCACCAGAGACAAAGGAUUUGAUCCAGGCCCUUGUCAAGUCACGUAAACAAAACGCGACGCAGACAAUCGACGACGUCAUACAAGGCAAAGGCAAAGGGCUUGUUACCGUGCUUCACGGGCCGCCUGGAACAGGUAAAACGCUGACGGCGGAAGGCAUCAGCGAACUGCUUCGAUGCCCGCUAUACAUGGCUUCGGCCGGCGAGCUCGGAACAGAUUGUCGUUUUCUAGAGGCCGACUUGCAAAAGAUUCUGGACGUUUGCCAUGCAUGGGGCGCGAUUUUGCUGCUCGAUGAGGCCGACGUGUUCUUGGAGAAGCGAAACAUGCAGGACAUCCAUCGCAACGCCCUUGUCAGCAUUUUCCUACGACAGUUGGAAUAUUUCCAGGGGAUAUUAUUUCUUACGACAAACCGUGUAGAGACGUUCGAUGAAGCAUUCCAGUCUCGAAUACACAUCGCCCUCAGGUACGAAGGCUUAGACAGCAAAGCCAAGAAAACCAUCUUCAAGAUGUUCAUCGAUCGGGUUAAAGCUUUUGGGAAAUUGACAGUCGAGCCAUUUUCCGAGGAAGAUCUCAAAAAGCUUGCCAAGUACGAGUUGAAUGGGCGCGAGAUCAAGAACAUGGUAGGGUCUGCGCAGGACCUGGCAAUGAACAAGAACGAAUCACUUAGCAUGCGGCACAUGCAACAAGUUCUGGACAUUCAUGUGAAAUUUGGGCGAGACUUACGCGGCGGAACUGGUUAUGAAGACGCAAUGAGAAGCUACUGUUAA